GACAAAAGAUUUGAAGCAGCUAUAGACACUUUGAAACUUUCAUAAAGCAAAAACUAUACUCAAAUUUCAAUUCAUCCGUUUGAAAUCAGCGUUUUAAUUCAUCUCUUCACAGACUUGAGCUCCUAGUUUCAGCUGUUGCUCUUGAUGAUGGAGAAGGUGGUGAAUGCUAUUGGAGAUGCCUUUCUCUCUACUUCUAUUCAAAGGCUGUUUGAUGGGUUGAAUUCUAUCCCGGACUUGUUGAGAUUUACCCAUGAAGGGAAUAUCCAGGCUGAACUCAAGAAAUGGGGGAGGAUGUUGAAGAGAAUUUAUUUGGUGCUUGAUGAUGCAGAGGAAAGGCAGUGGGAGAAUCCCUUGGUGAAGAUGUGGGUAAGCGACCUCAGGGACUUGGCUUAUGAUGCAGAGGACGUUCUUGAUGAACUUGCAACUGAGGCUCAGCGACGCAAGCUGCAGGCUGAACCCCUGGCCCGUGCAAGCAAGGUACGGAAAAUCAUCUCUACUGUUUCUGCUAGUAUGAAUCUAACUACUCUCAAGUUCAGUACUGAGAUAGUUUCCAAGAUAGAGGGAAUCAGUACCAGAUUGGAUGAGAUCAUUAAAGAAAAGGAAGAUCUGCAUUUAGGAAUGUGCACUAGAGGGAGGACUAAUCAAAUGAGAGCAAGACUGCCCACAACCUCUUUGGUGAAUGAAUCAAAGAUUUAUGGAAGGGAGCAGGACAAGAAAGAAAUACUUGAACUGUUGAAGAAAGAAUCAAGUGGUGUAAAUGUCUCCGUGAUUCCUAUAGUCGGCAUGGGGGGUGUUGGCAAGACAACUCUUGCUCAGCUCAUCUUCAAUGUUACCACUCUGGAGUUUGAUCUUAAAGCUUGGGUUUCUGUUGGUGAAGAUUUUGACGUUCUUAGAAUGACCAAAACAAUUCUUCACUCCGUAGGUUGGGAAGAUAAAUAUGAUAAAGAGUUGAAUUUGCUCCAGAUAAAAUUAAAGGAAAAGUUGUCUCAGAAGAAAUUUUUGAUUGUCCUUGAUGAUGUUUGGACAGAGAGCUAUGAUCAUUGGACUCUCUUUCGCAGUCCUUUUGAUGUAGGAGCACCUGGAAGCAGAAUUAUUAUCACAACUCGCAAUGAAAGUGUCUCAUCCAUGAUGGGUACCAUUCGAGGCUAUUCUCUUGAGCAUUUAUCGUGUGAAGAUUGCCUGUCUAUAUUUGCCCAACAUGCUUUGGGAGCCACAAAUUUUGAUGAGCACUUGGAAUUGGAAGAAAUAGGCAAAGAAAUUGUCAAAAGAUGCAAGGGAUUGCCUUUAGCAGCCAAGGCUCUUGGAGGCUUGUUGAGGGGUAGCCCAAAUCGUAAUGUAUGGGAGGAAGUUUUGCACAGCGAUAUUUGGGAUUUACCUGAUGAGAAAAACAGUAUUCUUCCAGCCUUGAGGUUGAGUUACUUUCAUCUCCCGUCCCAUUUAAAGCAAUGCUUUGCUUAUUGUGCUAUUUUUCCAAAAGAUUUUGAAUUUGAUAGGGAUGAGUUGGUUCUUUUGUGGAUGGCAGAGGGCUUUCUAUAUCAAUCAAAGAAGAUGAAGCCAAUGCAAGAUAUAGGCUGCGAAUAUUUUGAUGAUUUAUUAUCAAGAUCAUUUUUUCAACAGUCUAGUAGUGAUAAAUCUCUAUAUGUAAUGCAUGAUCUGAUGAAUGAUUUAGCUAAAUCUGUCACUAAAGAAACGUGUUUUCAUUUGGGUGACAAGUUCGAUACAACUUUAUGUGCAAAGGUCAGGCAUUCAUCAUUCACUUCUCACCGUUAUAACACGUCGCAAAGAUUUGAAGUCUUUCACAAAAUGAUGGGUUUGCGAACAUUCUUAGCAAUGCCACUCAUGAGUGGACAUUGUAGGAACCACAUAAGUAGUAAGGUGCUGCAAGACUUGGUGCCAGAGUUAAAGUGCUUGAGGGUGCUGUCACUGUCUGGUUAUCACUUCAUGGAGUUGCCAAAUUCUAUUGGUGCCUUGAAGCAUUUAAGGUAUCUCAACCUAUCUCACACUCGAAUUGAAAGAUUGCCCGACUCAGUGACUGAACUUUUGAACUUGCAAACAUUAUUGCUAAAUGGAUGUUUCUAUCUUAUUGAGUUACCCUCAGGCAUUGGCAAACUAAUUAACUUGCAGUGCCUUGAUAUUAGCGGUACUGUUGAAUUGGAGGAGAUGCCAUUAGAAAUUGGUAAUCUAGCAUAUCUCCAUACAUUGACCAAGUUUAUAGUGGGUAAAGACAAUGGACUCAAGAUAACAGAGCUGAACAAAUUUUCUCAUCUGUCAGGUAUGCUUCAUAUUUCAGGGAUAGAAAAUGUGCUAAAUUUUCGAGAAGCAGAGUUUGCCAAUUUAAAGGAGAAGCAGCGCCUAGAAGAAUUGGACUUGGAAUGGGCUAUUGAUUCCUCUGGUUCCAGAAAUCCAAGAGAUGAAGUGCAGGUUCUCAACUCAUUGCGACCUCCUCAAAAUCUAUUACGACUUUCAAUUAAAUCAUUUGGUGGAACUGAAUUCCCAUCAUGGAUAGGAGAUCCCACAUUCACAAAUAUGGCGAGGAUAAAUCUCUGGAACUGUCGCAACAUCAUGUCACUACCGCCACUUGGACAAUUACCCUCACUUGAAGAGUUGAGUAUAGGAGGCAUGAAUGGGUUGAAGAGAGUGGGGAUGGAGUUUCAUGGAGAUGGUUCAUCUUUUGCUAGUCUUAAGACACUAACUAUCGAGAAUAUGUUGGAGUGGGAGCAAUGGUCUUGGUCUCAUGGUCAGAACGAGGAGGCUGCAGGAACAUUUCCUAAUCUGCGUAAGCUUAAAUUGGGAAACUGUCCAAAACUUGUAUGUAAAUUGCCCAGCUGUCUACAAUCUCUGCGAGAACUCUCUAUUGCAUCCUGUCACAGGGCAGUUCUCGGAAGUCUGUAUGAUAUCACAUCACUCACUGCCUUGUAUAUUAGUGAUGUCUCAGGUCUUGUAAGUUUACAACAUAUGGAGAAGUUGGUGGCACUAGAAGAUUUGACGAUUCAAGCUUGUAAUCAACUAAAGUACUUGUGGAAGGAUGGAGGCAAACUUGCUUGUCUAAAGCAUUUAGAUAUCUCAUUUUGUCGGCAACUUGAGUCAUUGGUAGAAGGAAAGGAAGGGCAAUUGCCUUGCAAUCUUAAAGUUUUGAAAAUAUCUGAUUGUAAUGGUUUGGUGAAGCUAGCAAAUGGGCUGGACAAUCUCUCAUCUCUAAGAGAUUUGAGCAUUUCCUUUUGUCAAAAACUCUUGUCGUUCCCAGCAGCAGGAUACCUUCUGAGACAUCUUGAAAUCCAAGGUUGUGAUUCUCUAGAUUAUAUGCCUAAGGGUAUUACGAGUGAUGUUAACGACAUGAACCAGACCUCUCAGCUUGAGACUCUUAAGAUCGGAUAUUGUAAUUGGCCGGCACAGGUAGUAGAGUCAGUAUUCCGUGGCUUAUCUCAUCUCAGAGAACUACGCAUGGUAGAAUGUCCACAAUUAACCGGAUUGCCUAUCCACUCCCUUAUCUCUUUAACCAUCUCUGGAUGCGAGAAUUUCAGGUCGCUGCCUAAUCAGAUGCAAAAUCUUACCUCUCUCACAUUAUAUGAUUGUGGAGGCCUAGAGUGCUUUCCAGAAGUGGGAUUGCCACCAAAUUUAACCAAUCUUUCCAUCUCUAACUGUGGAGGCCUGGAGUCUUUUCCUCGACGGGGAUUGCCACCAAAACUAACCAAGCUUUCCAUCUGUUAUUGCAAGAAUCUGAAACAGCCAAUGACAGAGUGGGGACUCCACAAACUCCCCUGUCUUAGAUACUUGGGAAUAUGGGGCACAAGUCCAAGUACAAAUAUGUUUGAUUCCUUUCCAGAUGAUGAUGGUCUACUGCUUCCCACUUCAUUGACAUAUCUCAGGAUCCGUGAACUGGAGAAUCUGAAAUCCAUCUCAAGGGGAGUCCAAAAGCUUGCCUCUCUACGAAGUUUAAGAAUUGUGAAUUGCAGAAACCUGCUUUCAUUUCCAGAGGAGGGCUUCCCUGCCACACUUGAACAUCUAUGGAUUGAUCGAUGUCCUCAUUUGAAUGAACGGUGUUCAAAAGACAAAGGAGAUUAUUGGCCCAUCAUUUCCCACAUAGCAGCUGUAACUAUAUAUUCAUAAUGAUCAGCGAUAAAUCGUGGAAGCAACCCAGUAUAGAAGGGGGACGAGCACUGGCACACGACUCUCUCUCUCUCUCUCU